AUGAAGGCGGCCGAGGACGCGCUCGAGACGCACCGUAACGCGUCGGCGGAGGCGGCGGCGCGCCACGAGCGCGAUUUGGCGCAACUCGCCGCGGACCGCGACGCCACGGCGGCACGCGCCGACGCGCUCGAGGCGCGGAGACCCGCGGACGCGACGGAAAAGGUCGCGAGUUUGGAGCGACGCCUCGACGACGCGGAGACGCUCUGCGCGUCCCUCAAGGAGCUCCUCGCCGCCAAGGACGCGCAGACGCGCGAAUUGCUGGAGAGCGCCGCGGCGCGGCAGGCGCCGGCGGCGGCCGGCGACCUGCCGGCGACGAAGGGCGGCGCGGGCGCCGCGUGGCGGCGCCGCGUCACGUUGGAGACGGCCUCCAUGGGCGUGAGCCUCGGCGUCCUCGACGGCGCCCUGGUCGUCGCCGAGGCGCGGGGCGACGCGGCGGCCGCGGGCCUGGAGGCCGGCGACGUCGUCGUGUCCGUCGGCGACGAGGACGCGACGGACCUCGAGCCCAAGGCCGCGGCCGCGAAAGUCCGCAAGGCGCGCGACGCGGGCGUGCGCGACAUCGACUUCGUCUUCGCGCGGCGCCUCGGGCCGCGGGAGCCGGCCCCGGAGUCGACGCCCGCGGCCGACGCCGCGGCGGCGGCGCUGGAGCGUUCCGAUCGGGAGGCCGCGCUGGAGCGCGAGCUCGAGGGCACGAAGCGCGCGCUCGACAAGGCGGCCGCGUUCGCCCGGUCGCUCGACGCGAAGCACAAGGAGAGCCUGCGGCGCGAGAAGGUGCGCCACGAGCUCGUGGGCGACGCGAGCUCGCGGGCCGACGCCCUCGAGAAGCAGCUGGUGGAGGCGAAGAUGCAGCUCGCGCAGACGGCGCUCGAAAACGGCGAGCUGCGGAUGCAGCUCCGAGGUCUCUGGUCGCUCGCGACGGCCGUCCUGAUCCACAAGAUCACGGAGAAACGCGGCGGCGCCGAAAAAGUGCUCCCCAGGACCGCCGCCGCGACGGUCGACUGGUCCGACGCGGCGGCGCUCGACGCCGCGUUCGCGAACUGGGUCGAGUACGACUCGAGCUCCACGCACGCCGUGCUGCACAGCUCGCUCGGCGUCUGGCUGUCGCCCCACUACCCGAUCCUCGGCUUCGCGCUGUGCGCUUUGAACGCGCUCGCGCUCGUCGGCUUCGCGCGGUUCUUCUCCGCGUUCUAUUGCGCCGCCGCCGUCGUCUGCUGGUGCGGCUGGUUCGCGACGGGCGUGCUGACGCUGCGGGGCCAGCGCCGCCGGAGCCGGCCGCUCUUCCUGGCGACGAACGUCGUCAUCGGCGUCGCCUGCGCCGCCGAGGCGCUCUCGUCCGUCGGCCGCGCGUCGGCCUACUUGGUCGCGUUCAACCUGCUCUGGGCCGCGACCUGCGGAUUUGGCCUCGGCGUCGUCGUCGCCGUGUUUCCGCACAAAACCAACUCGUGGCGCGCGACGCUCGUCAGCUUCAAGCUCUGGGACUCGGGCGGCGCGGUGCUCUGGGGUCUGUUCUACGUCGCGCGGCCGACCGUUGGCGCGCUCUACCUGUUCUUCGGCAUGUCCUACCUGGCGUCCAUGUCCACGACGUUGAGCGUGCUGAGCGAAGCAAAGUAUCGCGAGGUGCUGAGGCGCGCGGAUUAUCUCGCGCGGAGCGACGCGCGACGCUACGACGACGUCUGGGCCGCGCUCGCGGCGCCGCGGCCGCCGGUCGCGAAAGUCGUCGAGGACGGCGGCACGGGCCCGACGCCGGCGCGCGCGCUGGGCUGGACGCCGCGGCCCCUCGCGGAGCAGGUCGCGGACCUCGGGGCCGCGUACGCCGCGGCCAUGGCCCCGGCGGAGCGCCGGCAAAAGCGCCAGCGCGCGGCGUCGGUGGGCGCGCUCUUCCGCGAGGCCGUCGACCUCUUUCCGCUCGUCUUCGCGAAACUCGAGGCGCUCAAGGGCGGCGGCGAGCUCGGCGGCGGCGUCAAGGGCGUGCCGCGCGCGUUCCAGAAGGCCUGGCGCUCCUACGCGGGCGACCACCGCAAACUGUGCGACGUCGUGCGAGCGAGCCUCGUCUUCGACGACGUCGACGAGAUCGCGGAAGCGCUGAAGCGCGUCGUCGACGACCCGGACCUCGUCCUCGUCCCCCAGGCCCCGGACAAGAACCGCUUCGCGGCUCCGGCGGGCGUCUUCGGGUACCGCGACCUGCAGCUCGCCGCCGUCCUGCGCACGGACGAGGCGAAGAAGCGGAAGCUAGAUGGGCACGUCUUUGAGAUCCAGCUCCACCUCCGCGCCUUCGAGCACCUCAAGCGCGAGGGCGGCGGCCACCGGACGUAUGUCUCGAGCCGCAAUCUGCGCUGCUCCUAA